AUGGCGAGGGCUUCUCUGGCGGCUCCACGCAGGAACUUGAAGGAUUAUUGGAAGUGUCCUUCCUGUGACAAAAUAAACCCUCCACUUCCACCAUGUUGCCACAGAUGUUGGACUUCGCGAGAAAAUUGGCUUUCUGAGGAGAAAGGUGAAGUUUUGGAUAAAGGCACAAUAGAAAAUCCCCCACAAAGGGAAGAAGAGGGCUUUGACGUUCCAGAUUGUAAGAACGAUAAAAUCAAUGACUCUCAAGAUUCAUGUGUUGAGGAAAGUGAUGAAAAGAUAGUACAGACAUUAGACUCCCAAGAGAGUAAGGAUUUUUCCCAGCCAUCAACAUCUAAAAGUAUCUUGUGUAGUAGUCAGGAAGAUGCUGGAGAAUUUGAGAGAAAAGAAGCACAAGACAAAGAAAAAAAUAUGGGAUGUUUUCUUCCCCUCAGCACAGUAGAGACCUGUGUCAUCUGUCAGAGCCGACCUAAAAAUGGUUGCAUUGUCCAUGGAAGGACAGGACAUCUUAUGGCAUGUUUUACAUGUGCUAAGAAAUUGAAAAAGAGAAAUAAGCCUUGUCCAGUGUGCAGGCAGCCGAUUCAAAUGAUUGUGUUAACUUAUUUUCUCUAAAUGUGUUA